AUGUCAAUGUCAAUGGGCGACAUGCCUGCGGGCUCCAUGUCCAUGGGCGAUGGCAUUCCCAGUCUGUUCACCCUGCAGAAAAUGUACUGGGCUGUCGUGGGAAGUGCAAUCGGCGCAGCAACUCUCGUCAAUGUGAUGGAUAAAGUGACUGCUUGGCAUCGCCUGCGCGAUUCUUCACUCACCCCCGCCAAACCAAAAUCACUAUUCUUCAGACUUUAUGCUACCAUCACAGCAACAACCCGUGAAGUCAGCUAUGCUACUUUGAAGCCUAUCAAACUCGGAUCAUGGACCCUCCAUUUCCCAUCCCUUGGUCCUGUUUUGAUCAUGCUUGCCAACUUGAUUACAGUCAUGGUCCUGUGCUUCUACAAGCUGGAUACACUGAAUCCCUGGAAAUGGGAGAACGUGGGCUACCGCACUGGCUUUAUUGCCAUUUGCCAGCUGCCACUGAUAUUCCUGCUGGCAGGUAGAAAGAACAUAAUCGGGUUCUUGGCGGGCAUGAGCUAUGUCAGUUUGAAUUGGUAUCAUCGCUGGGUCGCUCGCACGCUCUGGCUGACUACCACCAUCCACAUGGGCUUCUGGUUCCGGAACUGGGGUCGCUGGCAUUAUAUCACCUACCAGCUUCACAACGAUCCGUUGACACAGCGUGGAUUUGCUGCUUGGGUGAUUCUAACUUUCAUUGUGCUCACUUCGUUUGCUCCCAUCCGCCGACUGAGCUACGAGUUCUUCGUCAUCCAACAUCUGGUUACAUUUGUUGGGUUUAUUGUUGCUGUGUGGAUGCACGCACCAGAGGAAGUCAAGGUCUGGGUAUGGAUUCCAAUUGGCCUAGUGGUCUUCGAUCGACUUGCCCGCUACACCUGGGGUGCAUAUACAAAUUUGGCCGUUUUCCAUCGAAAGAGAGAAAAGAAUUCUCUUUGGACGCACUCGGCUACUUUUACUCCACUGCCCGGAGAUGUUACGCGCGUGACUGUCGAGAAUCCCGGCGUCAGAUGGCAACCUGGCCAGCAUGUCUUCCUUACUUGUCAUUCUAUUGUUCCAUUGCAGUGCCACCCAUUCACUAUUGCAUCCAUCCCAGAGGAUAAGAAGAUGGAGUUCUUCAUCCGGGCUGAAAACGGGGGAACAAAACGGUUCUUCCGCUAUGCAUCGAAGAGCAAUGAUGUGUUUGGAGAUGAGCAAGUGAUGGCUAAAUCCGCUCGCACAAUCUUUAUCGAGGGGCCGUACGGAAGCAUCCGGCCUUUGCGUCAAUUUGAUAGUGUCAUCCUGCUGGCAGGAGGCAUGGGUGCAACAUUCACAAUCCCUCUCCUGCGGGAUGUUGUGUCGGCUUGGAAGAUGGGGAGCAGCAGUAGCAGCGAGCAGACUUCCACUCAUAUCGCUCCUCUAACAGCUACCAAGCGGCUACGCUUUGUUUGGGUCAUCAAAUCCCGCUCUCAGCUGACGUACUUUGAGUCUCAACUACAAUGUCUGCUGGCAGACGUGGAAACAUGUCGACGCAAGGAUCCAACAUUCGAUAGAGAGAUCGAAGUAAGCAUUUACAUCACAUGCGAUGAGAAGCUAGAUCCGCCCACCGCUAUCAUAUUAUCGCCCCAAGCAAGGGAUAUCCUUCCCAAAGAGGAGGAAAAAAUACUUCCCGGAAAGGAGAACGUGUCCGUUCAUUCUGUCUCUGCAGAGUCCACAAUAUCAACCCCAGGCCCAGUGCUUGCAGGCCAAGGCUGUCUCCCCGGUGGAGGUUGCUGUUGCACCACGCAAAUCGAGGACGAGGAUGAAAUUACCAGUUGCGCCUGUACCUGCGUCGGCCCAACACCUGUUCAAUCCGAGAAAGCUGCCGAAUAUAGCAAGUCGGUGCAAUCUCAUGAGUCUACAAAUGGAGCAAUAAUUCAUCCUAGCAUUGUCUCCGGUCGUCCCACACCGCGAACUAUUAUCCGCAAGGUCCUGGAAAAGGCCGAAGGAGAAAGUGCCGUCGUUGUGUGUGGGCCUCGGGGUCUAGCAGAUGAUGUCCGUUGCAGCGUGGUAUCUCUGAGUGAUGAACGUGCUGUGCAUAAAGGCACUGGCGCGCAGGGUAUCUACUUGCAUGUUGAGAAUUUUGGGCUGUGA